AUGUCCACCUCCACGGUACACCCCCUUUUGUCCUUGUCUCCCGGGCUCAAGGCUGCCCUCCAAGAACGUGUUGAGCACCGUCUGAGGGAUAUAGUAGGGGCCAACAUCACCACCCAGUAUGGUACUUCCGCCGUCUCCCUUUCCCACUUCCAUCAGGCCAUCGCAGGCAAGGAUGUGAAAGAAGACCCUUCGGUUGUUAUCGACUUCCGCCGAGUCGUCCCGGUUACGAACUACGAGUCUUACAGCCCUUUCGUAGCCAAAUUCUUCAACCACCCACGCAAACAGUCUGACCUCGAAAAUUUACUGGCACCUGGUUUCCCAAGUUUCAUUGGCAUAUCCAGUUCCACCACAGGAAACAAAUCGAAGCUCUUUGCAAAGUAUCCUCGUGGGUGCUUCAAUACGCCCUCGUCAUUGGCUAGGUUCCUGCACUCAACCGACGCAAGGAAGGCUGCGUUUAUUUUUUGUUUUACCUAUCGAGACUUAUUAGAAAUCAUGGGGAAGGAUGGGAAGGUGAUGAAGAAAAUCCCUGUGUGUAUUGGGACAUGCGGCGGAGUGCGUGAUGCAGAGAACUGGUCCGUGGAGACAGAUAGCAGUCGUAUGGGGACUAUAAUGCCAGGUCACGUUUCACCAUGGGCAGCAGGGUUCAUCACCCACCACCGCUCUUUUCUUCUGAUCCACGCGCUGUUCGCACUCUCGGAGCCAACACUUGAAAGAUUCGUCAUGACAUUCCUAACUUUCUUCGUCGACCUCAUCCACCACAUCCACGAAGACUGGGACGUGCUCAUCACCAGUGUGCGGGAUGGGACCAUUCCCCAAAUCGAACACAUCGACCACGUCCGAGCAUAUUUGCAAGCGAACUUUCGGGCGAGCCCACAACGAGCAGAGGAACUUCAAAACAUAGGACCCCCUCUGACUUGUCCUGCAUGGGCACAACGCGUUUGGCCGAAUCUGAAGACCCUCGUAUGCAUAUGUAGCGGUACAUUCGCCACGGUAAUACCCAAGGCAAGAUCAGUACUCGGACCGAAUGUUCUUAUUCAAAACGUGGGAUAUGGGUGCACAGAGUGCAUAAUGGGGAGAAUGCUCAACGCCGACGAUACCGAGACGUUUGUCUUCGAAACGGGAGAUGUCAUCGAAUUUCUUGAUGCUUCGGAGACCUUGGUACAUGAUAAGAUACUUCAGGCUUGGGACCUACAACCGGGCAAGUGCUACCAACCUGUGGCUACGACCCAAGAUGGGUUAUGGAGGUACCUCAUAGACGAUAUUAUCCAGGUCACUGGGUUCGACCCUCGAAACGGUUCGCCGGUAUUCAAGUUCUACGGACGCAAAAACCUGGUGAUCCGCUUCCCAUAUGCUGCGAUUACCGAGGCACAUCUCGUCGAUGUGAUUCGGGCGAUCAAUACAGAAGAUAUCGUGAAAGUACAGGAAUUUACAGCCGUCGUCGACCGCCGCGAGCUUCCGCAGACGGUGGGCUUUUUCCUCGAAAUCGUGGGCGACAUUGGCCCGAGCGCCAAUUUAGCAAGACAAAAUGCCUUCGAUGCGCUCGCAGCUACAAACGAUGAGCAUCAAUGUGCAUUUGACACAGGACGACUUCGUCUGCCAACGAUUCGGAUCGUCAAGCCUGGGACCUUUGCGGAAUAUCGGUUGUGGCGGAGUGAGUCAAUGAAAGCCGGUAUUGGUCAGAUCAAGGUGCCCGUCGUAAUGUCAAACCAAGAUCAGCAGGAGUGGAUUGUGAAGAAGGUUGUAAUGGAAUUAUAA